AUGGUCUCUUCAAAUCCCCUUUUUCGUGGCACAUGGACAGCCAAAAAGUUUCAGGCAACCGUCAUAAACGACAUCUGGCCUGAGGUGCUCUUCUUCUCGCUGGUGGCGACGAUGGUGGUCUUGGUAUCUGAAAACAAAUACAACCUUGGCAUCGGAAACCCUCUCUUGACUGUGCUUGGUACAGUGCUUGGUCUAGUCAUUUCGUUCAGAACAUCGUCUGCAUACGAACGGUAUCAGGAUGGGAGGAAGAUGUGGACGAACAUCAUCACUGGCUCACGGAACCUCGCUCAAAUGUUCUGGGUCCACAUCCCCGUUGACAGAACAGGCAAAGGAGACGCUGCCAAGAGCACGAUGAUUCAGAACAUCAUCGAGAAGAAGUCCAUGGUUAAUCUCAUUCUGGCGUUUGCAGUAUCUGUCAAGCACUUCCUUCGUGGGGAACGUGGAGUGUACUACGAGGACCUCUAUCCUCUAAUCUCCUUCCUGCCUCGCUACGCCAACGGUGCCCAUGGUCCGGAGGGCGACAAGCUCCCACUCUGGCACGAUGAUGACGACGAGAACUACCGUCCCGUUGACACUCCCGCCACCGAGCUCGGCCGCGAGAUGUCCCUCUCCCGCGACACGACACACAACGGUGCUUCAGACCCGGAGAAGGCCCUCCCUCUGCCGCUCCCGCGGGUUGCCAGCGAUCGCCCACUCAAGCCCGCCCGGAACCCUCCGUCGACGUCUAUUUAUGAUUACAUUCCUUUGCUCAGGCUCUUCAAGUGGAUUGCAAGAAAGGUGUCACGCCGUGCCCGGUCCAGGCAGAGCGGGCAACGUCCCAGGCGGAAGCGCAAUCAGGACCUUGUUGAGAGUCAGAUCCCGCUGGAGAUUAUUCUUGUCCUGUCGAACUACACAGCUGUCUGUAUGAGCCGCGGGCUCCUCCACCCAGCAAUUGCCACUGGUGUGACGUUUAAUUUGACUCUUCUCCAGGAUACCGUCUCCAACCUUGAGCGCAUUUGUAACACCCCGUUGCCAUUCGCUUAUCAGGCUCAUCUUCGCAUGUCCCUCUGGCUAUAUCUCCUGUUCCUUCCGUUCCAGAUCUACAACCAAGCGAAGUGGAUCACGAUCCCCGGUACCGCUUUUGCUUCGUUCUUACUUCUUGGGUUCCUUGAGAUUGGUCAGGAAAUAGAAAAUCCUUUUAAUUACGACUUGAACGACCUUGACCUCGACUACUUCUGUACUGUUGUCCAGCGCGAGCUUCACCUCAUCACUGCCAACACAACCCCCGACCCGAGCGAGUUCCUUUUCACUGAGCUGAACCAACCGUUUGCACCAGUGGACCGUCGUUCUGCCAAAGAACUCGUCGAAAGCGGGACGGAGUACGUUGCGCCCCACGCUGCGGACAAGACCGAACCUGGUAUUGACAGCAUCCGCCGCACCCUCGUCAAAGGCUGGAAGGAUGUCGACACCCUCACCAGGCGGUAG